AUUCAAAUGUAGAUUAUUGACUACAUAACAUUUAUAACUCCUCUUAUGUAGACGUUUAAGUUUAGUGAUUAAUAAGUAAGCGUAUCCUUGUACUGGAAUAUAGAUUCGUGUAUAAUACUAUGAUACUUACAUUAUGGGAUUAAAUCCGUCGAGAUAUCUUGCCGAAAAGCAGCAAACUUACUCGGAGAGAAAGCAGUUGCUCAAAAAAUACCUGAUCCGUCUUAUUCCCUACGAACUACACGCUCAAUAUUCGAUUAGUGGUACGGCAAUCACGAUACAAUGUUGCAGUAGAGACGCUACUAGUUGGUGGAUGAAUACAUUAAGGAAAUCUUAUCCAUUAAGACACACCUUUUGCCGGCUUAACUACGUUUUACUUUAUCCCGAAGACGAUGUUAUUUUGAAGGUUGAUAGGAGAGAUGGAAGCUUAAUAAUUGCAGGCAAAGAUCACUGGGAAUGGUUUCUAUGUAAUUUUGAAACGGUGCUAGAAAAAGGACUAAAUGACUGCCCUUGCAAAUUGGCCUUUUCUGCCGCUAUUAACCACGAAUUACUUUUGGGCGAUGGAACGAAAGCAAGCGACAUGCAAGCUUUUCUACCAGUUUCCGGUUGUAUAAGACAUGGUCCUGGUUUUAUCUAUAGACUCUGGAAAGGAAUGAUGGAUGAGUGGCUGUAUAGAGGGGGUACUGUUUUUAUAGUAUCGCCAUUAAUUGAUGCUAGACGAGUGGCUGACAUAUUACUUCUUCUGGUGAAGCAUGCAUCAAAGACAAACAACUGUAAAGUAAAAAUGCUUUGUCUUGAACAAUGCGAUGGAAGAUGGAAUUUUAAUAAAAUAUUUGCAACUGCCAAAAAUAAAGUGUUAGGGGUCAAGGGCCCUAAUGGAAGAAGACUAGUUAGAGGAUACAGAUUAAAUUACGGAAUUAACGACAGGCUAGAGGUAAAACACGCCAACUUUCAUUGUAAAUUAAUUGCCCAUAUGAGAUCGGAUGGAAUAGUAGAUAUAUUGCUGACAAGCGCAAAUUUCCAUAGAUGGCACUUGGACGUUGAUAAUGGAGAUUUUGUACAAAAGAUAACAUUGACAAUGGAUCAAUUUAAUAAGAAUUACUUACAACAUAUAGGAUUUCUGGCUACUCUUUAA